AAGUACAAAGUAAAGGUAAUCUCGCGAAAUAAAAACAUAUUUUUUUGCACCACCAAAAACAUUUUCUUUACAUUCUACCUCUUACGAAGCGAAAAUAUUUACAAUUGUUUAGCUACGCUAUAGAUUUUGGCGGGUACUUAACUGAAUAAUAGCGUACAGACGGCGCCUAGCUUGAGGCUGAGCAUGCCAGACAGUUUGAUGAGUCAAUCAGAGCGUUCUUCUGUGACGCCACCUAAGUUGAGUGUAGCUGGAUCAACAUUUGGAGGAAGCACUUUUUGGCAACGCAGAGAAGAUAUUUUUAAACGUCUACAACAGAGUGCAGAAAAAUGUAUAUUACAUUUUAGUGGACGCAAAGAAUUGGCUACGGAAAAGGAUGACAAUGUUGCGGAGUUAUGUGAGGCGUUGGAAGAUACGUUCUCCUAUGGAUUGAAGCAGCAUCAUUCGGUAGUUACGGUAACAGCGGCUAGUUUGUUCCAAAACAUGCACGAGAUUGUGACUGGCAGCAGUUCGAGUCAAAAUGAAAACAAUGGUGAUGUCACAUUUUGGGACUUUUGCCAAACACAUUUAACGCCACAUGAACGCGAACGCUACGUACAACUCAAACAUGUCUGGACAAAAUGCGGACUUGGCAAGGCAUUCAUACGAGCUACACUGAAUGAGAAUUCGUUGCAGCGAUAUUUGCUAACAUGGCUGGAUGCAGAAGAUGAUUUGCGUCGCUAUUACACGCAGUGGUCGCUGCUGUUGGAUGUUACUGCCAGUAAAGAAUUGCCACGAAUUGUAGGCUCAUUACAUGAUGUGCUUUUCGCGCUUACCGUAAACUCUACCGAAUUGAAUGCACCAACACGCAUUACGCCAUUGUUACCUAAUAAAGAAGAACCACUUAUUUAUGCGCCAACACCUACACCAGUUGCUGGCGGACGAAAUAAACGCAAAUCCAAUCCUGUGGAGCGUCCAAUUGCAACUUCCAAUUCGACAGAAGAUUUGUUGAAGGCAAUAAAAGAGGUAACUGAAGUGGGAGCACAGAAAACAGCUGUGGACACAUUUGAGGCAAUGAUAGAGUUUCCAGUACAGGAAGACGUUGACGAAACGCCACCGGAUCCGAUAGAACCCGAAUUGGCAUUUCUAAAAGAGCCUUUACCUGACAUUUAUACACUUGCCGAAACGCAACUCGAACAGCAAACUUCUUCAGCCGCAAGCACUACCUCAUUGGAUAACGUCGUCAAUAGUGGCAAAGUAUCAAGCACAAUGGGCGAGUAUGAAGAUAAGAGCGACACCUCAUCACAAUAUAGCAAAUCGUCUUCUGCUAAUUGCACAGUUAAUCAUGCUGCUAUGGAGGAAAAAUUGCGUGAAAUGGAAGAGCGCUGCACGCUAUUAGAGACACGUGUUGCACAGCUGACACGCGAGAAUCGUCAACUUGUGCGUCGUUUAACACAAAACUUCAAUGGACUUGCCAUUGACCCCUCAGCCUCAUUGGCUACGAACUUUCUUAUCACCAUUCCAACGGCAGAGCUGAAGAAGACCAAACACGGCACAUCGUACUACGCCUAUGAGAUACACAUUACAAUGCGGCAAAACUUAGAACAUUGGUCACUAUUGCGACGCUAUCGCGACUUCCACAAAUUACACAAAUCACUGCUACAUACACAUCCUUCCGUGUCGUCGGUUGACUUUCCGCCAAAAAAACAUUUCGGCAAUAUGAACAUGGCGUUUGUCGAGGAGCGCCGUCAGCAGCUGCAGAUUUAUUUGUUAAAUGUGGCGGAAGCGUUGCCACAAGUGGAGGCUUGCAAAUCGAAAGCGGAAUUGCAGCGGGUAUUCCCCUUUCUGCGGGAACGGUAACGCGGUUGAUUGUUGCUCAACAGAGGUUGCGUGUAAUAGUAUUAAAUUGUUAUUCCCCGAAGCGUUAGUUGUGAAUAGCGAAUUUUCUCCUUGCAUAUGAACGUCGAAUCGUUUUUGUUACAUUUUUUGAUAUUAUAAAAAUAUGUAUGCUCAUUUUACUAAGUUCAAGAAGGGUUGGUGUCGAAAUUCUGUCUGUACAAAAUUCUAAAAACAAAAUUCUGCUUUUUAAAAUUCUGCUUUU